AUGGGAGAUAUAGUUACAUCCAUAAGAAAGUUGGAAUCCCAUGGUAAACUCCCUUCUCAAACCGAAAAGAACCCUAAUGUCAAUGUGGUGACCUUGAGAAGUGGAAAACAAACCGGAGAAAAUAGUUCGAAGAAGCCAAGGGAAGAAGAGGAAGAAACAGAGAUCGUCCCGAUUGAAUAUCCCGUAGCCAAGAAUGAUACACAAGUCGGAGCCCCAAAGAAGACUAUCCCUCUAGUGACACCAGUAGCCACUCACCCACCGUUCCCCUCCCGACUUGCAACUUCAAAGAAUAAUAUGGAGGAGAAAGAGAUCUUGGACACCUUCCGAAAGGUGGAAGUAAACAUUCCUUUACUUGAUGCAAUCAAACAAAUUCCGAGAUAUGAAAAAUUCUUGAAGGAGCUUUGCACCAACAAGAGAAAGUUGAAAGGGAAUGAGAAAAUCUCGAUGAACGAAAAUGCAUAUGCGGUUUUACAAAGGAAGCUUCCACCCAAGUAUAAAGAUCCCGGAAUGUUCACGGUCCCUUGCAAGAUUGGAGAUGUCACUUUUAGUAGUGCUAUGCUUGAUCUUGGUGCCUCUAUCAAUGUCAUGCCUUACUCGGUGUAUGAAUCAUUGAAUGUCGGACCCUUAAGUGAAACCGGUGUCAUAAUAUCUCUUGCGGCUAAAUGGGGUGACUUUCCUAGAGGUGUUUUGGAAGAUGUCCUAGUACAAACGGCUAGAACAAAGAUUGAUGUGUAUGCGGGAAGCUUAACAAUGGAAUUUGAUAGUGAAACAAUAAGUUGUAACAUUUAUGAUGCUAUGAGAUAUCCUAGUGAUGUUUCAUCUUUGUGCUUCAUAGAUGUUGUCGAACCGUUGAAUCAAGAAUUGUUCAAGUUGUGUGAUGAUGACAUGUUGGAGAUGAUUUUGGAGAUCAAGAAGACCACCCAAUUUAGUUUGAAGCAAAUUGAAUUACCUCAAACUCACACAAGAUUGCCACCCUCCCUUGUCCAACCGCCAGAAUUAGAAUUGAAGGUCCUUCCUGAACAUCUGAAGUAUGCGUACUUGGGAGACAACGAGACUCUUCCGGUUAUCAUUUCAACUCACCUAACCAAGUGUGAAGAAGAACAGCUCCUCAAGGUGUUGAGGCAACAUAAAGAAGCAAUGGUUUGGACGAUUGCGGAUAUCAAGGGUUUGAGUCCCUCCACUUGUAUGCACAAAAUAUUAAUGGAAGAUGAAUGUAAGCUGAGUAGAGACACGCAAAGAAGGUUGAAUCCGCCAAUGAUGGAAGUGGUCAAGAAAGAGAUUUUGAAGCUCCUAGAUGCGGGAAUGAUCUAUCCAAUCUCGGAUAGCAAAUGGGUGAGCCCGAUUCAAGUCGUGCCAAAGAAGACGGGAAUCACGGUGGUCAAAAACAACAAAGGUGUGAUGGUCCUCACCCAUGUGCAAAACGGGUAG